AUGCCGUCCCCUCAAAUGAACAAGAAGAUUGUCUUUAUCCUGCAUCUCCUCCAGAUCCCGCUCGUUAUAGCAUUGCUGGCUAUUGGCGCAUUGCGCAUGUUCGGAGUCGUCGGUGGUCCCAAGACGAGGAAUACCACAGCUCGAUGGUCCAUGAGCGUUGCCGCGAAAUCUCUCAUAAUAUUGCAAUACGAGAUUUUGACCGAACACUUCAAGUGGUUUCGAAGGUGGUACAGCAUAAAGGCCUUCCUCAUUCUCAACAUUAUCGAAGUCGUGUUCUGGAUUGCAGCUAUUGUUCUUACCGCCAAGGGUAUGAUCGAUACGGCUUGUUCAGGGCUGAACUGCACUCUGAACCCAGUUGUCAUUGCUAUUUGCAGCGUCUGCGCGGUACUCGCCGUUCCCGUGGCGGUGCUCACAUUCAUCUUGUUCAGACAAUCCAAAGCUGGAUCGUUGAUUGACAAUGAAGAAGUCCCGAUGAGCACUGUCACGAGCGAGGAAAGUUAUGCUCGCAAGGACGGAUUGCAGGUGAUCGAGAAUGGACACUGGGUCCAGAAACAGCAUGAGCCAAGGCAAAUGGCUUAA